CGAGAAUACAAAGAAGAAGUGUAAAGCGGGAAAAAACUAUUUUUAUUUACACACGCGACAGAGGCAAAAAUAAAACAUGAAUAGGGAUUAAAAUGAAGUGACAAAAGCUGACAGAAAUGUGUAAAGAAUUUAUAUGUGUGGAGACAUAAAAAGGAUUACUAAAGAAAAGGAUUACUUUCAACUAUAUGUGACAUUAUGCGAUUUAUUUAGAAAAGAAACAAAAAAAAAUAUUAAAAAAAAAAGAAAUAAAUAAAUCUCGUUUUUGAAAACGUUUGUGCUGGUGUGGUGACAUUCGAGGAUACUCAUUGAAAUACCAAGGAUUAUGCUCACCGAAAUGUUUGUUGGAAAGUAUGUGAGAUUAAAAAUAAGAUUGGAAAUGUGAGUUUAAACAGGAAUUCAAACUGAAGCGCCACAAAAUUGAAAUGAAAGUGAUUACCCGAGGAUUGUGAUGAGAAUAAACGAGAAAAAUACUAAAAUACUACGGAACAAGAGAAAUAAGUUUUUUUUUGAAAUAUUUCAACAAUGAAUGAAUAAAGCAUAUGAUUGCAUUUAUAAUAUAUCUAAAUGUUGAAUAACACAACAACAGAUUGUCGGUGUUCUGAUACAUAGAAGUAAUGUUGGAAAUAAGGAUUAUUUUCUGUAUAUCGCUUCCGUCAAUACUUUUAGCCAUGAAUACAGAUAAUAAAUCACUGAAUAACACAGAUUCUAAUAUCAAGCCAAAAGUUUGGGUGGAGACGGGGCAAAUGCACCAACGAGUCGAUAGCUUAGUAGAUCAUAAUGAAAACGCAAUUCUAGAUGAUAAUAACGAGAAUCAAGUUUCCUGGGUGCGGCGGAGAGAUUGGCAUAUUCUGUCAUCUGGCGAUAGCUUAUACACCAACGAUGCUCGUUUUGUAGCAACACACGAACCAACACAGAGCACAUAUACGUUGCAAAUUAAGUUCGUUCAGAAGAGGGACCAUGGGAUUUAUGAAUGUCAGGUCGCUACAUCAACCGGCGUAAUGUCGCACUAUGCUAGUUUACAAGUUAUUGUGCCCGAGGCAUUUAUUCUAGGAUCAGGAGAGCUUCAUGUAGAUAUGGGAUCAGCAUUAAAUUUAGUUUGUAUAAUUGAAAAGAGUCCAACUCCACCUCAAUACGUAUAUUGGCAACGCAAUAAUCACAUGAUAAAUUACGAUGACUCGAGGCGUGAUGUCUCAAUUGAAACGACGCCUGGUCCAAGAACGCAAAGUCGUUUAAUCAUUCGAGAACCGCAGAUAUCAGAUAGCGGCAACUAUACUUGCAGUGCAUCGAACACGGAGCCUGCCAGCAUUUACGUGACAACACGGCAGCGAUAUCACGAAGAAACACUUCUUCCGAAUUUAGAUGUACAUUUCAAUACGUGUGAGAGGCAUGCUGACACAAAUUGCUUAGCUGUCCCCACAUUCACUGAUUUCUUUCACUUCAUGCAGCAACAACAUUAUUCUCACACAUACUUUCUAGUCCUUUUGACUCUUCAAAAUGAGCUCAUUUUAUGGAGCAUCAAUCAAAAGGAGAUAUAACAAAUAAAGUCUCACCCUAAGUAAUUGGCUUUCUUUUAUUUGGCGUUACAGACUUUUCUCUCCUUCACACAUCGAAUCCCUAAAUGCUUGAUAGAGGGAAAGGAGGAACGAAAGAUACGAAGUAUCAUCUUUUGAUGGCAUCAGCAAAUCAUGUGCAAAACUUUUCUUCAAGAACAAAUAAUAAAUCUUAUGGUUACGGUGCAGGAUUGAGAUGAAAGAAAUUGAAACAAAAAAAAAAACACAAAAAACACAAAAAAAAAUCUUGGGGGAGAAACUACUAGAAGAACUAUUUUUUUUUCUUAACAUCACAAAGUUGGAUUCUCAUGCUAUGAAAAAUGUUCAUGACUUGAAUGAGUCUGAAGGAGUCUGAGUGAACACAAAAAAAAAAUCUCUAAAAGAUAUAUCACGUUACAAAAGCCGAUUUUUCAAACCCAAGAAGCGCAAAUAAAAAAUAUAUAAAUUCGUCUGGAGAAUGAUGGAGCUUAGAAAAGAAUAAUUUCCAAGGAUGAAGACGAAAAUAUCUCGCUGCUUCUCUCUUCAAUUGCUUUAAAUGCAAAACGCAAAUGAAAUUUUUACUUUUAAUGAAUGUUUCUUUUUUCGUUUGAAAGGCGGCGAAUUAUGAAAAAUGAAUCUGAGUAGGAAAAAAGAUGAGAUGGAAAAAAAAAGUUGAAUAUCUACAAACAGAUUAUUUCUUAUUAUGAACUCUUAUCUGUUGAAGUAUGAACCACAAGGCAGAAGCAAAUCCAGUGUUUGUUUGGGAUUGUCCUUGGACGACUUUCCUAAUUUUUUUUCUUUUUUUGGAAUUAGGAAAACAAAAUAAAAAGAAUCUGCCAGUGAAUAAAAGAAUACAAAGUUCUCUCAAAUGCUGUCUCAGCUUGUAUGUGAUUUGAUAUUCUGCCAUUACAUUCGUGUACAAGCAAGAGCAUCUUUUCAUUAUUAUUCUUAUAUUUUAAUAAAAAUCAUACUUUUUUAUCAUUUUUCUUUAUUUAAGCUUCUCUCGACUGAAUUCCAUCGACAAUCUUAUUACUCAGCUUGAAAGCUUGAGGACUUUUUUUAUUCUCAGAACAAAAACAUAGAUAUGAGUGGAAAUUAAAUUGGAUUCAAAUAUCUAAGUGCAUAUAAGCUUAUGAUGGCGUUCCCACCAUCUCAAAGAACGUAGAAAUUCAUCCGAGAACAGAACAUUCCUUAACAUGAAAUGACAAAAUUCGUAAAAUCAUUAUAAGCAUGACAAAAGCAUGUGAAAAUAUAAAAGAAAAAUGCAUUUGUGUGACAUGAGUCAAGAAAUAUUUGUAAGUAUGUUUAAAAUUUAAAUAUACUUAGAUAUCACAUUCAAGAAUGAGAAAACUGUUAUUUGUUAGGAAAGAAAGGACUUUAACAUAUUUUAUUUAUAUGAAAAUGGAAAUGGAAAUGGAAACUUAACUUCGUUAUUCCGUGGAGAAUUCUAUUUAUUUAUAUUUUCCUACGACAAAUAUGUCUGAAAUGUAAACUUUAGUUCCGUGACUUAACUAUGACUAUUCCAUUCAGACCUUAUGUACUUAAAGAAGAUUAUUUGAUUAAGACAUAUUUGAAGUUUUCACUGUAAAUAUUUCACUCUAAAUACUUCUCACAAUUUUCAAAUCUCCUUCAAAACGAAAAGUUCUUUGAAAGUCUUAUUCAUAAAUAGAAAAACAUUGAUAUAGUUAGUUAUUUGACUCGUAACAUUUCAUGUUCAUCAAAAUGUUUGUUUUCUCUAAUGUAUAUAUUUUAUAGUGAAUGAAAAUGAAAAGUAAAUAAAAGCUCCUCGAGUAUUAUCU